GCUUUUUCAUCCAUUCCUUAUAUAAUGCAUUUAAACCCUCAAAGCUAAACAUAGCACAUAAACCCACAAUCCAAUUUCCUCAAAAAUCCACAAACACCUCCAAGAGAGUUUAUCAGCACUCACAGCACAACAAUGCUAGAUCCAGCCACUGAGUUAGUGCCACCACCAUCCUCACCCACAAUCUCUUCCAUUUCCUCCUCUGAUCUUGACACUGAGUCCACUGGAUCAUUCUUCCAUGACAGAAGCACCACAUUGGGGACUCUUAUGGGAGUGAACUUCCCAACCAUUGCAUUCAGAGUCCCAUCACAGCACCGAGACCCACAUUCCGCCGCCGCCGCUGCCGGCCUCGCAGAAAGGACCGCCGGAGCUGCCAAGAAGAAGAAAAGGGUGGGCACCGCCGUCACGGCGGCAGUGGCGGAGAGGCGGCGGCGAUGGUGGCAGAUUUGCCGGGACGACGACGCGGGGCCGGCUUCGCUCGGCGAGUUUCUGGAAGUGGAGCGGCGGUUCGGCGACGGCGCGUUCUACGGCACGGCGGCGGAGCUUGAGGGAAUGGUCGCCGGCCAUCACCAGAGGAACGGAAGCAGGGUGCUCUUCGCCGACGGGAGGGUUCUUCCACCGAUGGCCGAUGUCGACGACGGACUACCGGCGGCGGAAAGCCUCUGUAAUAGGUUUCCGGUUUCACUCGCCGGAAUUUGCAGCGGCGGUGCAGCUUAG